AUGAACUUUGAUAAGCUGCUGAAUAAUAUCAGUGACCAGCUCAGCAUUGUAUCAAACGGUUCACUCAAAACUGCAUCUAGCGACCCCCAAAACGACGACCUAAAUACUUUGGCAGAGCAACACCAGUUCCAGGUUGAAGAUGGUGAUUCGGAAACGUUUGUCAAGCUACUCUACUUGAAUUCUUUGGCGAGUGACUGCUUAUAUGUCAGAAAGCAACUAAUACAGAACAACUAUCAGUCAUCUAGCCCCACCAAAGCAAAAUUGCACAACGUUAGUCAACGAAUAGACCAAGAUAUCUUUAUCAACACGCUGAAGCUGGAAGAUUCCAAGACCAAAUUUGAUGAGGAGCAGGAACGACUCAAAUCCCGAAGGCAAUCUCAACUUGACAAGCAUGCGGAAUCACACCUUGAGGAUAUCGGGCAAGCAUCAUCAGGCGAUGACUUUGAAGCAUUGAGAAAGCGAUUGUUGUCCACAAAUGCUCCGUCUAAACUUGACGAGGCCAGAUCCUUGGAAGAGCAAAAUGUUUACCACGAGUCCAUCCAUCAAGACAUUAUAUUUGACAUUUCCAGCUUAACAUCCCAGCUUAAAGAGUCCGCACUUUCUCUCCAAGGGAAACUCAAGGAAGAUGCAUCCAUUCUCAAGGAAGCUAGUGAACAGCUAGAAAAGAACCAGUGGUCCUUGACGAAUGUCGGUAAACUUUUGGGCAAGUACCAUAAAGAAGGUAAACUAGGCUUUUGGUUCUACGUGAGAGUAAGUUUCUUCGUAUUAUUAACAUUUGUACUUCUACUACUAUUCGUGUUUGUUUUACCAGGAAGAAGGUGA